AUGCUGCCAGAUGUAAUCGACGCCUUCUCGCUGGAACAUAACAUGCGACAAGAGGCCGUCUUCUACUCCCUAUAUGUCUUCUUCAACAAGUUUGCCGUUGGUCUCUCUCUAGCCUUCUCUGCUGUUGUCUUGGGAAUAUCGGGCUACGACAAGGAGAAGUGCUCACAGCCAGCCAGUGUGGGUCUAGCAUUGCGUUAUCUGUGUGGACCCGGACCAGUGGUCUUCUUCGUACCCGCUCUCAUCUGCCUCUACUUCUACCCUCUAAGCAAUGCUCGGCUCUCGGAGCUGCGUGCGAAAAUUAUGUUGUAA